GUUUGGUUUUGGGUGUGGCUUUUAUAGACUCUUUUGACACUCUUGAUGGUUGCAUAAAGCAGAAGCACGAAAGGAUUUUCAACAUUACAGCGCACAGCUCUACUAAAGUCACAUAGAGACUAAAAUUUUAAGGUUUGAUGAUGUUCAUCAGAAAUCUGCUUAUAAGGACACUGAUCUAUCCGAAUCUUAUGCUGAUCCUCAUGACAAGACAGGCGCUGACCUUUAUGCCCGCUAUAGUGAAUUCCAAGACGCAUCAUAUCAUAACUCGUGAUGCGAUUUUACAGACAACUGCUGAUAUCUGCAAAUCGCGAGCACUUCAAAAAGGACAGAAUUUUGUUCUGAUCUCCACACUGACAGUUAGGUCAGUAGCAGGAAGCUGUUACUCAUCUGAUUCAGCCAAAGAUUUUCAAAAGAGCAUUGAUGAGAUAAAUCAUUACAAUGCCUGGGUCGACUUUUGGCAUUUUUUUACUGCACGUUACCAUUUUGACAGUGAGGAGUUUUUUGCUGGACGAGAUCUUAUAACUGAAGGACUUUUUGCUGUCAAAUACAGUAUCAAAGAGCAGAACUAUCAAGCUGCCAGAGAGGCGCUUGGUAAAAUCCUACACACAUUGCAGGAUUUCUACAGUCAUAGUAACUGGAUUGAACUAGGAAAAACAGAACCCUAUUCCAACCUGAUUAAACCAGAUACCCCAAUUAGCAACAUAGCAGAUUCCGAAACAUGCAGGAAAUGUAAUGAUGACUUCUGCCCAGGAAACAUCCUGGAGGAUGUCAUUACACAGCAGAAACUAACAACAGGAUACUUUGGCAUUUCCAAACCAAAAGGAAAAUGCAGUCAUGGAGGAACAGCUGAUCCAUCAAGUCUGGGGCAAGGUGGUAUAAAUAAGGAUACUACAAGCUCCAGCCAUGGUCAUCUACAUGAAGCAGCAGCAUUGGUAGCUACUGCUGCUACCAGAGAACUACUGCAGGACAUUAGAGCAGCAGUUGGAGAUACUGAGUUUCUUAGAAUGUUGGGUCUCAGCCAGAUGUUAGUGAUUUGUUUUGUUAUCGACACCACUAGCAGCAUGGCUGAUGACAUCGACGAAGUCAGGAGAGUUACUUCAUACAUCAUUGACAGUAAUGCAGGCAUUGCAGCUCAAAGUACAGAAUACAUCCUGGUGUCUUUUAACGACCCUGAUUAUGGCCCACUUUUAAGAACAACUGAUCCUAAUUUGUUUAAACAGCAACUCAACAAACUUACAGCUGCUGGUGGAGGAGAUUCUCCUGAAAUGUGUCUCUCAGGACUCCAGCUUGCCCUCACUGGAUCUCCACCACAGACACAGAUUUUUGUUUUCACUGAUGCUGAUGCAAAAGAUAAAGGGUUGAAAAACACUGUGCAAGCACUGAUUGAGAGAACCAAGUCUGUAGUGACUUUCAUGCUAACUAACACCAUUAGUUCUCGACGUCGCAGAAGGAGUGCUGACCGUGCAGAUGGCCAGCAACUAGUCUCCCCUCAGCUUUUCAAUUUGCAGAUCUACCAGGACCUGGCUCAUGCCUCUGGGGGCCAUGCUAUUGAGGUCACCAAAGAUGCUCUGUCCCAAGCUACUAACAUUAUUGCAGUUUCCUCCAGAUCUACGCUGGUCACUCUAUUUCAUGCUGCAAGAAACCCAGCAAAAGCUGAAAAAUUUUCAGCCUUUGUGGAUUCUUCUGUGCAAAACCUGACAAUUUAUAUCACAGGCAACUCUCCAGAAUACACCAUCACUAGUCCCUCAGGAGUCUCACAGAGCAGCACUGUACUGAAAGGGGCUUUGGGGAUUAUUCAGAAAGUUGGUAACUUCCACACAGUGCAGCCAUAUAUUGCAGAGCAGACUGGAUUGUGGGCUUUCGAAAUUAAAUCAGCACAGCCCUACAGCAUCAAAGUUGUUGGUCAAAGCCAGGUUGACUUUCUCUUUGAAUUUGUAGAAUCUUCACAAGGGCUUCAUGCAAGCUAUGUUGCAUUAAACAGCAGACCUGCAGCAAACACCAAUGUCACCCUCUUUGUGACCAUGGUCGGUGGGGACACUGUGCAACCUACAGGGGUGUCUCUGGUAGAAACUUCAAGUUCAAAUUCUUUUAAUGGUAUACUAGAAUUGGUAGCUAGUGGGCAGUACAUGGUGACCUUCAACAGCAUCCCAGUAGGAGAAUUUACUGUUCGUGUGGUUGGACAGAUCAGUUCCUCUCGAUCAUCAAAUAACACGUUUCAGAGACAAUCAGCAACUCGAUUCCAAACAUCAAGUGUGAACUUCACUACUCAACCUGUUGGAACACUGGAACCAGGAAAACAAUUCACUCUACCAUUCACAGUAGCAACCAGUGGCACUGGUGGAAUCUUUAAUAUCAGUGUCAGCAAUGAUCGCAAUUUUGACACUCGCUAUAACUCAUCUAUCACUCUGGUUAGUGGGGUCAGUGCAAAUGGCUCAGUAACUCUGACUGUUCCUGAAAAUACUCCCUCUGGAACUGAUGUCACUGUGACAAUUGAAACUGAAGCACCAAAUGGAAGCGACUUCAACUAUGUUGUGUUGCGACUUUCUGUUGUUGCUCCGGUAAAAGAUAUUAUUCCUCCAGUUUGUGCUGCAGUUAGUGUAAAUGCUGACUGCUCAGGCAACUGCAGCUUCUCCUCAUGGUACCUCACUGCCAACGUGACUGAUGGGUCAGGUAUCCAAAGUGUAAGAAUCCUGAAGGGAAACGGCACACUCAGCACCACCAGCGUGCUCAGUUCCACAGGCGUGAACGUCACUAUGGUGGACUACAGCUCCUCUUGCUGUUCCCGAGAGUUGGAACUAGUUGCUGUGGAUACAGUGGGAAAUGUUGCCACCUGCUUCAAAUCUAAAGCUCCACCAAGCAUCCUUACUUAUGGUGUAGAAUUUUGCUUGUUUUUUACACUCUGUUUCUGGUUUAAUAUAGGAAUCUCAAUUUACUGAUUCAUGCAGCACUAAGUAGAUAAUUUAAAUGUAUCUGAAAUUAAAUAAUAUCAGCAUAAAUUCGGCAAGUACUUAGAAGGAAAUCUUACUAGCAUAAUGUACUCAGUGAUUUUAAACUCUGAAUAUAUUCAUGUAUUAUUGAAAGGCCACAUGACUAAUGUGAUUAAUUAAUUGUCAGGGCAUACAGAUAACACUUAUGUUCAGUUAAAGAAAACCUAUCUGAAGAUUUUUCAUGCAAAUUUGUUUUAAUCACAAUACUUGCAUGUUGUUAAAGCUUAAAAUACUAACACAUUUUUACAUUAUUAGAUAAUGUCAUGCAUAUGCAAGGUUAAAAAAGGUUUUUCUUGUCCUUUACUAAUAGAGAGUAGUAUACAUACAUAGGGUUAUGGGGUUUGAAGUAUUAGUAUGGCAUUUAUAUAACAGUAUAGAACAGUCUUUUAUAUAACAAUUUGUUUUAUUUUCCAAUAUGUGCUAGCAUUUGAAUUGCAAACAGAUUUACAUAUAAUGGUGUGGGGAUGUUACUGUUUUUUCUAUUAUACAGCCAGUGAGUGUAAUUUUUCUUCAUUUCUCUGUAUUUCUGUACACAUACAGUGUUUCCAGGUCAACCCACAAAAGCUGUGGUGCUAUUUUAAAUGUCUAUAAGGUUUCCAAACUGUUACAGGGUGUGUUUCAUUAUACUGUGUGUACAUAUAAGUGCAUAUAAAUUAUCAAACAGACCACCUGUAUCAUACAAACAACUUAAGAAUUUUGUAUAUU